AUUUGUAUUAAUAUAUGGUCACAUUAACUAGGCCACAAAGGGAAAUCCCAAAUGUUCCUCUUGCUUUCCGAUCUCCAUACAUGGUCAAGUACAAGGAUUUGUUCAAAGAUGAAGACACAAUGAACAAACUUGUAACAGACUAUGCUUAUAGUGGAAAAGAUCAAAGUGAGCUACUAUACUAUGAUGGAGUGAAUUCGAUCAAUAGGGAAGAGAUGAAAACUCUUGAAGGGGAUACAUUAGUAGUUAACAAUGUGAUCGAUUCAUGGGCAGUACUUCUGAAUCAAAAAAGGUCAAAGAACAAGUUAUACUUUUCAACAUUUCCACAUCAAAUUAUGUAUGCAAAUACAGUGUGUCCUGAAGGAUCAUCAAUGGAGCUUAGAAUUGCAUACUUCAAAGAAAGAAUAAAAAAUGAAUUGAGGUUAUACAAAAUCAAGAGUGCAGUUGGAUAUCAACAGGUAUUAAUGAACAAUAUGGAAUUAUAAUAUGUUCAUUUACAUUAAUGUGUAUAUAUAAUAAUAUUGUGUACUAUGUACAGAUUUUUUUUUCCAGUGGCCAUAUAUGCACAUUUCUAUCUUCUAUGCAUUGAUCAUAUCAAUGAGAAAAUGCAUAUAAUUGACAACAGAAAACUGCCAAAACAUUAAACAAUUGCAACAAAGUAUGAAAACCAACCCCAAUUGGUGUUAAAAGGAUAUGCAGAAUAUUUGAAAGGGUUGGGGUAUGAAGAUGCAGAUUCUAUUGAGAAAUAUAAGGUGGUUUUGCAAAAAAUGAAGUGGAGGAGCAACGAAGAUUACACCAACUGUGGAGUUUACAUUAUGAAACAUAUGGAAACUUUCACUGCAGAUCCCAAUGAAGAAUGGGUUUGUGACCUAAAACCAAACAAUGUAAGUAAAUUUCAACAAAACAAAAAAAUAUACUUCAU